AAACACACUGUCCACAGUCUCACUCUCCACAGUCUCACUCCUCAGACACUACCAGGACUCACCCUCAUCACACUCAUCUUCCUCAUCAUCCUCAACAUGCACAGCAAAGAGCAGAUCAACCAUGACGACUACCAGAAGACAGCUGAUUGGCUGUUGUCCCAGACGAAGCAGCGCCCUCUGGUGGGCAUCAUCUGUGGCUCGGGUCUGGGUCUGCUGGCGGACUCCCUGAAGAACCCCGAGCUGUUCCCCUACGCAGACAUCCCCGGGUUCCCCCAGAGCACCGUGCAGGGUCAUGCAGGGCGCUUGGUGUUCGGGGAGAUGAAGGGGCGGAGCUGUGUGUGCAUGCAGGGUCGCUUCCACAUGUACGAGGGACACUCGCUCGGCAAGACCACCUUCCCGGUCCGGGUGUUCAAGCUGCUGGGGGUGGAGACUCUGAUCGUCACCAACGCCGCCGGCUCAUUGGCUGACGGCUACCAUCCCGGUGACAUCAUGAUCAUCAAAGACCACGUCAACGUCCCGGGAUUGGCCGGCCUGAACCCUCUGACCGGGCCCAACGACGACAAGUUUGGUCCACGUUUUCCCGCCAUGUCCAGUGUGUACGAUAAGGGUCUCCGUUGCCUAGCGAUGGACAUCGUGAAGCAGAUGGGCGUGGCCCAGUUCGUCCACGAGGGCGUGUAUGCCAUGGUGGGCGGGCCCAACUUCGAGACGGUCGCCGAAGCCAAACUACUGCAUCGGCUAGGGGUGGACGCCGUCGGGAUGAGUACUGCUCCGGAGGUACUGGUGGCGUCUCACUGUGGAAUGCGAGUGUUCGGUCUGUCGCUCAUCACAAACAAGGUGGUGAGGAGCUACGACGACGAGGAGCAGGUGAACCAUGAGGGGGUCCUGGAGGUCGGCAAGAUGAGGUCCCAGUCCCUCCAGACGCUCAUCACCCAGCUGGUGGGCAGGAUGGACAUGAACAACAACACACACACCUAGACACGCACGCACACACACACACACACGCACACACACACACGCUCGCACGCACACACACACACACACACAUACACGCUCGCACGCACGCAC